GCUCUGGGCUCCCUCUGUUCCCCGUGGUCCCCCGGCCGGGUGGGCCCGCCGCCCCCGGCCCCCACCAUGGUGCGGCUCUCCAAGCCCAAGACCUUCCAGGCCUAUCUGGACAACUGUCACCGGAGGUAUAGCUGUGCCCACUGCCGAGCCCAUCUGGCCAACCACGAUGACCUCAUCUCCAAGUCCUUCCAGGGCAGCCAGGGCCGUGCCUACCUCUUCAACUCUGUGGUGAAUGUGGGAUGCGGGCCGGCGGAAGAGAGGGUGCUGCUCACCGGGCUCCACGCCGUAGCUGACAUCCACUGUGAGAACUGCAAGACCACACUGGGCUGGAAAUACGAACAGGCCUUCGAGAGCAGCCAGAAGUAUAAAGAGGGGAAGUACAUCAUUGAGCUCAACCACAUGAUCAAGGACAAUGGCUGGGAUUGAACUCCGCUUCCCAUCCUCGGAUUCCCAACCCAACUUCCCUCCUCCCACCCCAGCUGGGCUGCAGUGGGAACCGUGAUGGGGGGCAGGGAAGGGGGUGGUGGGGGAGUGGGAAUGUUUGCCCGGCCCCUUUCCUUUCCCUGAGGAGAGGGAAAUCUUCCACAGGGGAAACCUCCUGGCCAUUGUACAUCUAUUUUAUUGCAUGCACUGUGACCUAGCAGGGAGGGGAGAUGGGUCCCUCCCCCACUCGAUCUGGCUGGUUUGGAUCUCCUUUUUAACCUCUUCCCGGACUUCACCUGUAGAUGAGUUUCCGUGUACAGAAUUCCCGGCCCUCGCCGUGUCCCUCGGCCCCCCGCCCUCGUCGCCACUUUCUCUCCGUCCCUUGAUAUGUAGCGUCUGUAAAUAAUAAGAAGAAUAAUAAAAAACUGUGAAACCUC